AGCCGCAGCCACUCUCAUAUCGAAACACGGCUGCAGCAGACGGUCGAGACGCCGGCAAGAGGGCCUCGCUACAGAAGUGUAUCCGUUUAAGUAUGUUGGGCCUGAUACCGGUUGCGGUCAUCGCGGUGUUUUUGACGCAGCACGUGUCAAACUAUGCUGGGGAUAUUCAGUCAUUUGUGACUACGCUCUGGAGGUUUUGUAAAGAGUCUGCCGUCAGAUACCUUUGGCCGCCCCCGGCGAAAGUCUGUGAACAUCAGCAACGACGGGAGCAAAUGGAAGCCGCACUGUGGGAAGUCCGUGCGCGGACCUAUCGCCAGUCCGUGCAGUUUAUGGUGCAUGCGGCUGCCUUCGGAGUUGUUGGCAUGAUACAUGAUACUUAUUUGAACCCUUCAUGGAAUGAGAUGUUCUCCCUCUUUUCUAUGGCAUCUGUCUAUGUGGCCCAUCACUCUGUAUGCAAAGAGAAACUGAAACUCAAUGCCAUGAACUUGAGGGGAAUCUACAUCCUGUUUUACACGUCCUUCUUCUUCUUUGUGCUCUUCAAGUCAUCCUCCAAAACGGUGGAGAGUGGCAGGGCCGUCAUUGACCAGGGCUUCAAUUCAGGCUCUCGGAUGAUCAUGUCGGUGAUCUUCAUCGACACCUUGACGGCGGUGCCGGCACAGCUCUUGAUCUCUGUAGCAGAGAUGCUGGUGCACGCGCGGCAUUCGCAGAGUAGUGAGGAGACGCUACUGUUUGCCUGGAUGCAAAUCAUUAUGAGUGCAGGAAUCAUCAUCUUUUCGGUGGUUCUGGAGUUUUGGGUCACCUCGCACCUGACGUCGCUGAUGGACACGGAGUCCAUGGUCUGCAGCUUCCGCCGCAUGCUGCGCGGCGUCAGCGACGGCGAUCUGAUGCUCUCUGAGGACCUGCGUAUUGCAGAAGACUCAGAUUGCCUAAAGCAUUUAUUGAUGACGCAAAGCAAGUUCAAAGGCAAAGAUUUCGAGCGACUGCUCGUUGAAGAGGAAGUGGAUCGAUUUCAAGAGUUCAUAAAGCAGUCCAUGGCGGAAGCUCACAAGCCGGAGGAGCAGAGGACCAAGACCCCUCCCUGCCUGCGUCUCUCGCUCCGGGGUGUUUGCGACCUGCGCGUCGGGGUGGACGUGUGGCACGUGUCGAUGCCGGGGCGGAAGGACGGAGUUCGUCACUUGCUGGCCCUCCGGGAGGACAGCGAGGCCCGGCGGCAAGCACCUGAUGCCUCUGGAAAAACUCCGGAAAUGAAUAGUCCCAGCUCCACCUGUGCGGGCGAAGGGCCGGAGCCUUCGGAGUGUUCAAUGUCACAAAAAUCGAGUACCUCGAUGCUGAUGAGCUUUCCCGAGUUGGUUCAGAUGACCCUUUGCGUCGACACCUCGACACACUGGUUUGAUAUCGAACAGGCACAUUUGAGCUUCGUGAGGCAACCGCAAAGCUCGGACCACUCCAUGCCCAGCCUCCGACGCUUGGUGCGUGCCACCGACUGGGAGACGGUGCGCGCUAAGCUGAAGGCCGUGGAGGAAGGCGCUUUGGAGGAGAUACGUUUGCGCUUGGUGGACGACGCCAAGCGCGUGAUGAUCGCCAAUCAGGUUCAGGUCUCGACCUUCAAGCCUCCGCACGGAUCCUCGAGCAUCAAGCUCUGCCUCCAAUUCAGUGAGUUAGUCUUUGAGGAGAACAAGUGUCAUCGAGAACAGAACUUGGCCGCAAUUAAUGAGUAAACGUAGCGACACGUACAGAGCACCGUCACCAUCGCUGAAGCCGGUCAAUGCCUGUCACGACUGACAUUGACCGAAAAGAAAGAGAAAUGGACGGGUGUAGCCAAUAUUCGUUGAUGGUCUCACCCCCCUGGGGUUUUUCCUGGCCAACACACCUGUGAAUCAGGAAAUUGCUGUGGUGGUUGGGCAACCUCGGUUGCCCAAUGUUUCCG